AACAAAACAGCGGUCCUACCAGAGCCGGCGUGAUUCGCCUUUUGAUUCGCCUUUCAGCUCCAACUGUUCUAACCUACCAUGCCGAAAUUAGCAGAACUCACCGGUGAUGAAAACUCCGGCGAAAGUUCGCGCACAUUCGUGUUCGAGGACGAGGGCCACACGUUGGGCAAUGUUCUGAAAAGCAUCAUCUGCAAAUACCCUGAUGUGAACUUUUGUGGCUACACCGUACCCCAUCCGGCCGAGAACAAGAUGCACUUCCGGAUACAGGCCGCCAAAAGUGUUCGUGCAAUCGAUGUGCUGCGGCGUGGGCUGGAAGAUCUGGAGCGGGUGUGCGACCAUACGAUAGACACCUUCGAGGCGGCAGUAGCGAAGUAUCAACAAAAGGAGUCGAAAUAGUCUUUACUGAUAGCUGUUUAGCGGGUCUCU